AUGCCAACUCAAACCGCCCUUCUCGUUACGGAAAUCGGGAAGCCAGUGAUCAAGGCUUCCCGGCCCAUCCCAGAGUUGAAGGAAGGGGAAGUACUCGUCCAGGUCACCAUUGCAGGCCUGAAUCCACACGACGCAAAGUCUCGUGACAACGGGCUCUUCAUCAAGGAUGUUCUACCAGCCGUUCUAGCCGCAGAUGUCGCCGGCGUCGUGACGCGCGUGGGCCCCAAUGUUUCCAGAUUCAAGGAAGGGGACCAUAUCUUCGCACAGGGUUGGCCGCCCGAUUCAAACACCCAAGGUCUUCAAGAAUACGCCGUUCUUGACUCCAGAUUCUCAGCCAAGGUUUCUUCAGGCUUCUCUGAUGCUCAGUUGGCUUCUCUGCCCUGCAACUAUGUGACUGCCGCAGUCGCAUUGUUUGAUUCAUCCGCCUUGGGUAUCCCAGCGCCGUGGGACCCAGCCGCGAGUAGCUUUGAUUAUAAGUCCACAUCACUUCUUAUUGUCGGAGGUGGCUCGAACACGGGUAAAUACGGCAUUCAGCUUGCUGCGUUGGCGGGCAUUGGAAACAUAAUCGUCGUCGCUGGCUUGAAGGGCGCGGCGGAUGCGAAAGCCCUGGGUGCAACUCAUGUCGUCGACAGAACUAAGACGCCGACUGAAAUUGCCGCAGAAGUGCGAGGUAUUACUGGGGACGACUUGAUUUACGCAUUUGACACCAUCAAUCCACUUGAAACCCAAAUUAUUGGCGUUGAAGCUUUGUCGAACUCCAAAACUGGCAAAUUUGCUCGAUUGCUACCAAUGGGACCGAUUCUUGAGACGAAGCUCUCCUCGAAGAAGUCUGCUGGUUUUGAGACUCUGGAUGUGUUAGGUGGAUCGGCAGUCAAACCGAAUACCGCGAUUCCCCUGUGGCAAAAGGUCACUGACUGGCUUGAGGAAGGAAAGAUCAAGCCUCUCAAAUACCAGGUUAUCAAGGGGUUAGAUGUGGAUGCGGUUAAUAAGACACUGGAUGGGUAUUCGAAUGGGACUUUGAGUGGUCAGUGGCAGGUUCAUUUUUGA